UGUCCGUCAGAUCAGAAGAGCAAAAAAGAGCAAACAUGGCACUGCGGUGUCUGUUGUUGGUGGUUUUGCUGGCCGUUGUGGCCUCGCCGCAGGAGCCGACGGCCGCCGUCGCGGGCCACGAGACCACCCUGCCGUGGUACGAGACCCUGCCGGCCGUCGCCAUGGACUACAAGGUGCACAUCGACCCUGGCAAGGAGGACUGUUACUACCAAUACGUCAACGCCGGCGCCACCUUCUACGUCAGCUUCCAGGUGUUACGAGGCGGCGACGGGAUGGCCGGAUUCGCGGUGCGCCACCCCAACGGCAACAUCAUCCACCCUUAUCAGUGGAAGCAGAACGCCGAGUUCCAGGACCAGUCGUCCACCGGCGGCUACUACGCCGUCUGCAUCGACAACCAGUUCUCGCGUUUUGCGGCCAAGUUGGUCAAUCUGUACAUCACAGUCAUCAGAUACGACGAGUGGGACAAAUUCAGCAAGGAAGUUGAGGACAUGGAUCUGAGCGUGCAGAAUUUCACGGAGACGAUUCGAGGCGUCGAGAGAAACAUCCAGGACAUGUUGCAGUACCAGCACUACGCACGCAGCAAUGAAGCGCGCCACUUCAACACAUUGCUGGACAACAAUCGGUACGUGCAGACGUGGAGCGUGGCGCAGAUCGUGGUCAUCGCCUGCACCACCGUCGUCCAGGUCUACUUCGUCCGAAAGUUGUUCGACAUCAAAAACGCGCGGCCGCGGGCCUGACAUUGAAAUUCAUAUCGAAACAACGAAUGAUCCUGAACAAGCCACAUUCCAAGAGUAUUAUUUUGUGCGAAAGACGAAACGAAAUGUAUUUUGAAAUUAUUUUUGUUGCUUAUUUUUUAAGAUGACAGAUUAUUUUAUUAUUAAUGAUAUAAAUAAUUUGUUUUGUACUUACAA